GCACUUCUCUUCGUCCUGGGGGGCCGCACCCGCCACCCGCCCGGCGGAGGCCGCCGUGCUGCCCGACAGCGAGGGCAAACCCCGACUCUCCUCAGGGCCGGCCUCCACCUGCGGCCCGGGAGGCGCAGAGGACCGGGCGAGGCGGGACGAAGGCGGCUUUGAGGUGCUGCCCGACGGGGGUGACGGGGGAAGCUGAGGCUCGGCCCCCCGCAGCCCAGUGACUGGGCCGGGGCGGGACACUGGGAACCGAGGCGAGGCGAGGCGAGCUCCCGCCGCGGGGGGGGGCAGCCGCCGCCGUGUGGUGGCGGAGCGGCGCGGCCCGGCCCAGCUGGGCGGUGGGCCCGUCCCGGCGGAGGGCGCGGCCCGUCCCGCCCCCGCGCCGCGCACAGCGCCAACAGCCGGAGCGGCGGCACCUCCUCGGCGCGCUGGGCCGGGCUCCCCCCUCGCCCUUCGCGUCUCUCUCACCGCCUUUUCCUGUCUGCAUCCUCCCGGCCCGCCGCCCCCCCUCCCCUCGCCAUUUUCACCCGGGAGGAGCGCGGUGCGACUUCCCUGAAACUUCGCGGGGGAACUCGCCCGGCUCCUCCGCGGCGGCCGCAAACUUUCCGCCGCGGCGCCCGCCUCUCCUGCGGCGUCCCCGACCCUUCGGCUUCGGCGGCGGCUCCGGCGGGAAGUUUUCAAUGAGCGCCCCUCCGCUGCUCCGGCCGCCCAGCCCGCUGCCGGGGGCUGCUGCCGGCGGCGGCGUCGCCUUCCACCUCCAGAUCGGGCUGAGCCGGGAGCCGGUGCUGCUGCUGCAGGACUCCUCGGGGGACUUCAGUCUUGCCCACGUCCGGGAAAUGGCUUGCUCUAUCGUCGACCAGAAGUUUCCCGAAUGUGGUUUCUAUGGAAUGUACGACAAAAUUCUGCUCUUCCGCCAUGACCCUACCUCUGAGAACAUUCUCCAGUUAGUGAAAUCAGCUGCAGAUAUCCAAGAAGGAGACCUAGUUGAAGUUGUCUUAUCAGCUUCUGCUACAUUUGAAGACUUUCAGAUCCGGCCUCAUGCUCUUUUUGUUCAUUCGUAUCGAGCACCAGCCUUUUGUGACCACUGCGGAGAAAUGCUGUGGGGACUUGUGCGUCAGGGGCUCAAAUGUGAAGGAUGUGGUCUAAAUUACCAUAAGAGAUGUGCAUUUAAAAUCCCUAACAACUGCAGUGGUGUACGAAAGAGGCGCCUGUCAAACGUGUCCCUCACAGGACUCAGCAGUGUCCGAACAGUUUCUGCAGAACCCUCACCCAGCACGUCGGAUGAAGCCCUUCUGUCUCCUGUCAUCCCUGGCUAUGAGCAAAAGACACCAUCGGAAUCGUUCACUGGGCGAGAGAAGAGAUCAAAUUCACAGUCCUACAUUGGACGACCUAUUCAGCUAGACAAGAUCUUACUGUCCAAGGUUAAAGUGCCUCACACUUUUGUCAUCCACUCUUACACACGGCCAACAGUUUGCCAGUACUGUAAGAAGCUUCUCAAAGGGCUUUUUAGACAGGGUUUGCAGUGCAAAGACUGUAGGUUCAACUGUCACAAACGCUGUGCUCCUAAAGUGCCAAAUAACUGCCUGGGGGAAGUUGCCAUUAAUGGAGACAAUAACGUUGGAAACGAUAUUCCAGAUCUUCUUAGUCCUGGGGCUGAGUCUGAUGUGGUCAUGGAAGAAGGGAGUGACGACAAUGACAGUGAAAGAAACAGUGGUUUUAUAGAUGACAUGGAAGAAUCUAUAGCUCAUGAUUCUGAGAUGUCAAUGACAGGAUGCCAUAGUGACAAUGGGGAAAUGCAGGAUGCUGAUCCAGAUCACGAUGAGUCUAACAGGAUGAUCAGCCCUUCAACCAGCAACAAUAUUCCAUUAAUGAGAGUGGUACAGUCUGUGAAGCACACAAAAAGGAGAAGUAGCACAGUAAUGAAGGAGGGUUGGAUGGUUCACUAUACAAGCAAGGACUCACUGAGGAAACGGCACUACUGGAGACUGGACAGCAAAUGCAUUACACUUUUCCAAAAUGAUACUGGAAGUAAAUAUUACAAAGAAAUCCCAUUGUCUGAAAUCUUAUCUCUGGAACCUGCAAAAACUUUCACUUUGCUGCCUCAAGGAGCCAAUCCUCAUUGUUUUGAAAUAAGCACAGCAAAUAUAGUCUAUUAUGUUGGAGAAAACAUAGAAAACCUCUCAAGUGUUCCACUGAAUAACAGUGUUAUCAGCAGUGGUAUUGGCAUUGAUGUGGCACGAAUGUGGGAAAUGGCAAUACAGCAUGCCCUGAUGCCCGUCAUCCCUAAAGGGGCAUCAAGUGGGUCAGGACCCAGCCUGCACAGGGAUAUAUCCAUCAGUAUUUCUGUGUCAAACUGCCAAGUUCAAGAAAAUGUGGACAUUAGCACCGUAUACCAGAUCUUCCCAGAUGAGGUGUUGGGAUCAGGACAGUUUGGAAUUGUUUAUGGAGGAAAGCAUCGCAAAACAGGAAGAGACGUUGCCAUUAAAAUAAUUGACAAACUAAGGUUUCCAACUAAACAGGAAAGUCAACUUCGUAAUGAAGUUGCGAUUUUACAGAAUCUUCAUCAUCCUGGGGUUGUAAAUCUGGAGUGUAUGUUUGAGACGCCAGAAAGAGUGUUUGUUGUUAUGGAAAAACUCCAUGGAGACAUGCUGGAGAUGAUCUUAUCAAGUGAAAAGGGCAGAUUGCCAGAGAGAAUAACAAAGUUUUUAAUUACUCAGAUCCUUGUUGCUUUAAGACAUCUUCAUUUCAAAAAUAUUGUUCAUUGUGACCUCAAGCCAGAAAAUGUGUUAUUGGCAUCAGCUGAUCCUUUCCCACAGGUAAAACUUUGUGAUUUUGGCUUUGCCCGAAUCAUUGGAGAGAAAUCAUUUAGGCGUUCAGUUGUAGGAACACCAGCCUACCUUGCUCCAGAAGUGCUGAGAAACAAAGGCUAUAACAGAUCUCUGGACAUGUGGUCUGUGGGUGUCAUCAUUUACGUAAGCCUCAGUGGUACCUUUCCAUUCAAUGAAGACGAAGACAUACAUGACCAAAUCCAGAAUGCCGCUUUCAUGUAUCCACCCAAUCCAUGGAAAGAAAUUUCUCAUGAAGCUAUUGAUCUUAUAAAUAAUUUGUUGCAAGUGAAAAUGAGAAAGCGCUACAGCGUGGACAAAACCUUAAGCCACCCGUGGUUACAGGAAGGUGUCCAUACUCUCUUUUCAGUUUGGCUAGCUCAGUGGCAGUAUAUGGUAUCUCUUUGGUUGUAAUGUGAGGAUCAUCAUCGCCUUCAUUCAGAUAAGUAUAUUCUGUUUUAAUUAAGGGUCUCACUUGAGGGUUUUCUACCUCCUCCAACAUCCUUCUGAGGGUAUUUUGGGUUAAUACCCUUUUCCUCUACUUCCAGCUCUAUUACACUCAGGGUUUCAAUGUCUUUAGAGCAUUCUGCCUUCAGAGUGGUUUUUAACAAGCGGUUUUCUUCCCUUCCUUUCUCUAAUUGUUGUUCUAAGUCAUAAUUUGUUUUUUUGCAGAACUUUCACCAACUUUUCAAGGGAUUCUAUAAUUUUGUUUUCAUUGCUACAUUUUCUAAGGUGAUCUUCGAUUGCUGCGACUAGGCUAGCUCCUAAAAUGGCACAGACUAUAGAUUUGCCCUUCCCUGAUCUAACUUUAGCUUCAGUCUAUAAAGAGGUCACUCGGUCCGCUACAUUCUGCAAGUUUGCCCAAUUAGCUUGAGCCCAAUCUUCUCCGGGUACAGAGGGUCAAGCCCCAUACUUUGCCAGAAAUGUGUAAAACACAUCCCAAUCUUUCAUUUGUUUAUCAGCCUUUUCGGCCAUUCUCACUACAAAGGGACCAAACCCACUUCGGGGAGGCUAGACUUAGUUACACACAGCCGCUGCUGUGUCACCCUUUUCUUCCCCAAAUGGUUGAAGGGACGAAAAAUCUGCUUUGGGAAGGGAGCUUGUAGUUACUACAAGGUUGUCCGUUCACUUUCCUGAGCAGAGCAGGCAAAUUCUCAUUAACACAAGGGCAGCCCCCCUUUUUAGCACUUUCCCCCUUUUGCACUUUGAGUUCUUUUAGUUGGAUCCCAAUAGACAGAGCCCUCAAUCAGAAUUUGGAGUGCUAAGUCCUGGGCGUGUGUGGUGUGCACAAAAUCCCAGUCACCCCCUUGCUUUCUGGACACCUCUCACCCAGCUGGGUGUAAGGCCAGGUGCAGCUAGAACAACACAUCCUUCCCCUGUUACAAACCGCACACCACCUGCACCCCUCUGUCUUUCAGGAUCUUGUCCAUGAUGCCAAUUUAAUGUCACUGUCCACACAGUGGACUCGUGAUGGUUUGUUUACUAUGAUCUCAAAGCACAAAAAUCAAGGCGACCACGCCAAGGGGUUAUGCUUCAAUUAAACAGCACAAUUUUAUUGUUUGCCCGAAAAGUGGCAUGUGAUAGGUAAAAAGACAGAAAGCAAAGGAAAAGUAAAAAGAAAAAGGAAAGAGGAUUAUAACUACCACCAGGGUUCCAAGGCAUCCCUAUGGUCCUAGGUCCAGCCAGCAUCACGCCGGUCCUUCCAAUCAUCAUGAUCCUUGGUGAGGGAGAUCUCCUAAAAUCUGGCUGCUAAAGAGUCCUCUUAUGCCGAGCAAAACACAUUGCUCCUCCUCUGGCCUAUGGCUUGUUGUCAGUCUCUGCCUUCUCAAGCAAGAUUGUCACGCAUGUCAUGGUUCGUUGUAACAACAACAGUUGUUAUGCAACCUUAUUGUAGUUGUUCCUUCCAGCACCAGGUAUCAGGGAGCAGCAUAGUACUCCUCAUACCAUGUAGUUCUCCUUCAGGGUCUCUGCGUCUCCAUGUUCAUGAGGACCACAUUCCAUCUCCAGGUCUUUGUUAGCAAUGUUAAGACGGUAUCAUUCUCUUUAGACCGACUCUUACAGAGGGUAGUCAUGGCACAGAUCAGAUGCAUAAUCCACAAUCCCAAAGGAAUCUUUAUCCAGACUGAAAACUGAGUCCUACUCAUGUUGUAGUACCUUACAGUUACAACUUUUUCCUCAAAGUAGAGGGUGAUAUGCUGGUAUAUGAAGAAAAGUGUUUCCACCUCCAACCCUACACCCCACCUUCUCCUGGGCUUGCUUUCUUCCUCCCAGUUAUCCUGGCACCCCCCCAAGGUGCUUCUUCUAAGGCUGCUUCUCUCACUGGGAGCCAUCACAGAAUACGUUUGGCUAAGCCUUGGGGGACCAGAGAGGUAAUGUGGGCUAAGGCCCACAGCAAGGAUGCGUGUUGUCUCAUAUGAUGGGACAGAAGCCUUCACCUUCGUGCAUCCACUUUUAUCACUCAUGCAAUAGCAAAUGCAGGUGAGUUAAGGUGAGGCAGUACAGCAGCAGCUCUGGCAGCACAGAUGAGGCGAGUCCUCUUUCUGGAAGAGCCCAACUUUGUGGGCUAAGGAAAGCAAACAGUGGUGCAGGGCAUCGAGACUUAAAUGUGAUUUCUGAGAGGAUACCUGGGCCACAAGUGGGCCAAAGUUUGUGAAAUCCUAAGGAUGAAGAAUUUCAUGCACUCACAGUGCGCGGGCUUUCUGGUGCUUUGGCUCAGUGACCAGGGUUGUGCCUUAGGUUGAGAGAA